AUGGCGCUGAGGUGUUUUCAGUUCGGUCGUUCGCCACGUUAUAUUUCUCCAGCAAUUAAGGCGUUCUGUUCAAAGGUGAGUUCGCUAUUAUAAUUAGGUAAGUAAACGCUACCUUUCUGUUGACAAUUCUCUCGUUCAAUUCUUUUCAGGCUGUUAUCGAUCGAGGCGUUGUUCUAGGCGUGUAUGAAAACGAAAGUCGAGAAUUAGGACUUGCGGAAGACGCAUUUACGGACGCGACGAAGAAGUUCAACGCAAGAACAUCUGGGAGGCUCAGAGAAAUGAUUAGACUGUAAGGAGAGAAUUCGUGAAUUCAUCAAACCUAAUUCAUCGUAUUCAUUUUAUUAACAGUCAUAUCUAUGAAUUCUAGCUUUUAAGGGAUACGAUAUCAUGAUCUCAAGCAUGUAAAGGCGUGGCUUGAGCCUAAUUGCAUAAAAUCUUAAAAUGGUCCUUGUUUUAUAAUCAUUACCAGAAUCUUUCAAAAACUGGCAACGAGAGAAAAAAAUUGGUGGGCUUACUUUUUCUUUCACAUGAGAAACUACAUAAUUGUGUCACAUGGCCUGUUGUGGUCAAGUUCAGGAAAGAAGAGAAAAUACACAAAUUUAGAAUUAUGGGGUGGCGAGGUGCCACACAGUAGAAUUUAAAUACAGUGAUUUUGUCAUUGUAUCAUUGUUCCUCACAUAAAAGUGGCAGCGUGCAAAGAAAGUAAUGUCUGAUAGUCCGGGGGCUAGUGGAUUUUGCUAUUGGGCUAGUGAAUUCUGUUGUUAACUUGACCGUCGAACAACAGAAGAACUAUGAAAUCAAUUCUGCUCGUCAAAAAGCAUCUGGGGCUAGUUGAAAUGACAUCUGGGCUAGUAAAUGCUAGCUUCCUAACCUACUUCAGAGGUCAAAUUCUGUCAGAGACAAAAACCACAGGAAAUCAAUGCAUGGUAGGAAACAAAUCAGCCUCAUGACCUUUAAAUCAGCAAAGAUAACAUUUGCUCAGUCAAAAUGAAGCAUCCUCCACAGCAUACUCCACCCGCUUUUCUAAGAUGCCAGUUUUCAAUGAUCAAGCGCUCUUUUGAUGUUGAGCUCAGCUCGACCAGAGACUUUGCACUGUGCGACGAAAGGCAAUAAUGAUUGUCUGAUGCACUUUUUUUAUAGAGCCAAUUUCCUGUUGUAAAAGAAGGUUAGUUCCAGCCCUUUGGAUAGCAGAAGACGUGUCUUAGUUUUGAGAUCUAUUUCCCACAAAAAAUGUCUUUCAAGAAGUUGGUUCAACCUCAGAUCUUGUGGUGGAGAGGAGACUGUUUGCUUACUUAAAUAUUAUUUCAUUUCCACGUGAACACACUUACUUUUCUUUGGGAGAGACUAGAGAUUUAUAUUAACAUUUGAUUGACAUAUUACCAUCUCUCAGACUAUCAGAAACUCCUGUAUGCUUGGUUGGUGGACUAUUCAAAAUACCCAAGAAUUAGGGCAGGCGGGAUUUCAAUUUGACUUGCUCUCAAACUUCACGCGGCUCCACCGCCAAAAAACUACAGUACUUGCUGCUAAUCCUGCUCAGCUACGCAGGCCAGGGGAUGGUCUAUUAGCAGUGUUUGCCAAAAAUACUGAAGAUAAUUAUAUGGAUGGUGUGUAAAUGUCACAGUAGACUACAAUAGUUUCUAGCAUGGAGUAAAUUUUUGAAGAAGAAAUUUCUACUGUAACUUUAUUCUCGUAGCCUCAAUUUAUAUUCAUAUUAUUGAGGCUUGCAUAAUGUAUGAGGCUGUGACGAAAUCGUACCAUACACCAUAAUUUAAUAUUGAAUUUAUUGUUUGGUCAUGAUUUUACUUAAAGAUCUGGAUUUGAGGGAAAGAUUGGUAAAUCCAAAGCAUUCUUUGGCAUUGAUAAGGUUUGUAUAACUUUUUUGAAAUUUUUUUCUGGAAUAUUUGCUUGUUUUUCCAACUCUUAGGAAUUUCAAUCAUGUUCAAAAUGUAGUAAAAGUUCUUUUAACAUACAUGUAUAUGUGUAAGUAAUCAUUAAAGCAAUUUGUUCAGAUACUGUAGCUUCCCUGUCUUACUUAAUGCAAUGGGAAGUGGUAGAUUCCAGCACAGGAUCUAGUGAAAUACUGUUAUUUGGCCAUGGGCAACAGAAACAGUAGAAAAAUUGUGAAACAAAUUUAAGAUGUAGUUAGGUAGAUUAAUGGCAACAGGAAGUGGUAUUGAUUUCGUCACUCAGGUUUCCAUUGCUAUGAUUCAUGUACUUCACUACUUCAUCUGUUCUAAAUACAAAUCGAUGUGGUCAUAGCCUUCCAUCUUUUAUAUUUUUACUAUGAUUAUUAGGACUAUCCAUGUGUUGUGGUUGUUGGACUUGGUAAAAAGAACGUAGACUCUGACACAGAGAUGAAUGAAGAAGACCAGAAAAGUGGUAAUCUUAGGCAAGCAUCAGGAGGUAAAGCACUGUAGUUUUUACGCACGGUAAAUAAUAAAGCUGCCUCUAAUUUCCAUUAACCAGUAAAGUUGGAAAUACUCUUGAAACCCAUUCACACCUCAUUCACCUGUAACUGUAGGCUUCAAGUACAGCCUUCUCUCCUCACCCCUCACCACUAAGGACAUUUUGCCAGGAGAGACAUCUGUGCCUCAGUGACAGGAAUUCAACGAUGUAAAUCAAUAUUUUGUAUCAUUAAUCUGGUAGUCGUUGGUUUUAUGGAUGUUCCCCUUGACAAAAUAUCCAUAGCAGGAAGCUAAGGAGCAAGGAGAGAUGGCUGUAUUCCCAGGCUAUAUCCCAUGUUCCUUGCUGCCCUUGUCAUGUCAUCGGUUUUUAUGUUGGUCAUCUUCAGAACUAAAUUUUGUAUGCUUGAUUCAGUCCAGCUACUCAAAGUCCUUGGUACUUUUGAAGAGAUUUUGACAUGAAAAUGAUGCCUUUUAAAAGCCCAGGAAAAGAGAAAAGUAUGAAGAAAUUUUUAAAUUUGCUCAUCUUCUUAUCGCUCCAUUUUGAUGCAAACUUUUUUAGUGGUCCAUUUAUGCAUCAUAAAAUGACCAAACAUUUUCAGAAAUGAUUCCACCAAUUGUGGGGAAGGAACACAUGGUAAAACCCUAAGAUUUGUAGACUGAGGAUUGUGUCAUACUGACUUCAAAACAAGAGAAAUUUAAAAAAUCAGCAGAGCUAUUUUCAAUUUUCUGUAUAUAGGUUUUACUUUUAAUUUCGUCUUCUUUUCUAAAAGGUCAUUUACCAAUGUUGAGUAAUUGGCACAUUGUGUUUUAACUUGAGAAACUCUCUUACAGUUGGUGUUAAGGUUUUGAGGGACUGUGGAGUUCAGAUAGCAGAAGUAGAUACCUGUUCUAAUCCUCAAGGUAAACAGUAAAAAACAAUUUUUUUUUUUUGCAAUUGUAGAUCAUUGGAAGAAACUUCAUGUUAACACAGAUGAAGAAAGUAAAAUUCAAGUAAUUAAACUACAUUCACAUGUAAGAGUUAUAUAUAUACAGCUAUGUCGAGAAAGGUUGUCGGAAAAAAAUGUGCACGCGAGAAUCAGAAAAGGUAGUAUGGGAUAUGAUCAAUACACUAUUCCUGACACUGUAGCUGUCGAACCUGCUUUAGUUGCUUUCCUUUAACACUCGCAAACAUACAUCCAUGGCCUCUCGUGCCAUUCUUGCCAUUGUCUUUGAAGAAGAGUGAACCCAAAAUCAUCCAUAAUACCUUUCGGGAUUGUCGCAUGCACUUUUUGCGACAACCUUUCUCGAAAUAGCUGUAUGUAAGAGUGCUUUUUGGGUAUGUUACAAUGACCUGUGGCAAAGAUGGAAUUGUUAUUUUGAAUUUGUCAUUUAAGUAUAACCUUUAGAGAGGACAAUUCAACUGAGCUGUUGCGGUAGUACCCAUAUUAUCACAAGCUCAUCAAGUUUUGCACCCUAUGACUACCAGUCACUACCCAACCACCAACUCCCCCCCCCCCAUUUUUGGGAUGUUUAAAAGGCCCUUGGGAAAAAUGGGAAUGUUUAUUUUAAAUUUUUAUUUUAAUUUAAACCUUUGAGCGGGCAAAUCAACUGGGGCGUUUGGGUAGUACCCCCUUUUUCCCCAACCCCCCCAAUUUUUCCCCCCUUUGCCCCCCAUCACAAACCCAACCCCCACCCCCCCCCCCCCACCCCUCCCUAUCAAAUGUGAUGUCCUAAUUUGCAAUAUUAUUAAAAGUUCUAAUUUUUUUUCCAGAAUUUUUAAAUUUUUGAAAGUGGUAUUUAAAUUAUUCUUGUGUUAAGAAUUCAGAUCUUUUUAUGUGCAUGUAGUAGUUACAUGUAUUGCUUCCAGCUUGUUGUGAUUUUGUCAGUUCAACACAUUAAUGAAGUUUGAGUGAUUCUAGUAGCAGGAGAAAGGUGUAACGUUGAAGGAGGAUACUUAUAAAGAGGCUCCACAUCUGAGCAAAAAAUAGUCAUAGGCUAUCGACAAUCAUCUGGGGAAUUCUGCAUAGUAAACAGAGAAUUCUCCAAUCUCUGAUGCCUAACACCCUGUGAUUCAGAGAAAUGUGCUAACUUUUGUCAACUAAAUUUCUCUGAGUUACAUCUCGUAAAAGUUUGAUAUAACAUGUCUUUGCCACAGCAAAGAAUGUGCAUCAUUCUCAACAGGUUAAUAACACUAUGUGCCUUUUUUUGCUUGUAGCGGUAGCUGAGGGAGCAGCUCUUGCAUUAUUCAGCUAUGAUAACUUAAAAUCUUCAAAGAAACUUAAGGUGGAUCUACAACUCCAUGAGCACAUCAAAGAAAGUGAACUUCGCAGGUAAAAACUACACUAAUUUUGUGCAGCUGUUUCUAUUAAAAUAUAUUCUACUAAAAGAAUAAUAUUUAAGUUGAACUUAAGUACAUCACUUUUGAUUACUUUCACUUUAUACUGUCUUUUAGUAAAGAGGAAAAAUCAUGUUUACACAAAUGGCAUCAGCUUUUUCAAGAUGGUUUAUUGCUUUCUGGAGCACAAAAUUUUGCAAGGGAGCUUAUGGAGAUGCCGUCAAACCUGAUGAUGCCAAGGAUUUUUGCUGACAGGGUUACUCAACAAAUUUCUGAUCUGGAGAAUGUAGAAGUGUAUGCUAGGUAUGUAUGGCCAUUUGCAUCAUCAAUAUUUCUCUCUAUCUUUCUCUUUCUCUUUUCCUGAUGAAUUUUCCUGCUUAUAAUAUUUACAUUAAAAAGCACACCUCCCCUAUUAAAUGCUCACAGGUGAUUUGAAACAAGAUAUUUUGCAAUCAAAUUACCUCUGACCUAAAAGUUACAAACCCAAGCAUCAGCCUCUGAUUAAUUAUUUUGUACUUUUUUUCUUAUUUUUUAUAAGAGACCAGUCUUGGGCUGAGGAAAACAAGAUGGGUGCUUUUCUCAGUGUUGGUAAAGGCUCAACUGAGCCCAGUGUUUUCUUGGAAAUGAGGUAUUCUGGUGCUAAGACAAAGGAUUCAUCUCCUUUAGUUUUUGUAGGAAAAGGUAAGACCUCAUGAAACCCUGCUUGUUUUAAAAUUAAUGCUUUUAGUUAUCCCUUGCUUUUCACAAAAUUAGGAAAAUGGGUAACUGGACUAUAUUUCAGGCAUUUCUUGAAGGCCUCUAUGUCACAAGGAUUUUGCUGUUUUUGGUUAGUUCUGUGCUAAAGAAAUAUUCUUAGUUAUGCCUUUACCCCAUACACAAAAUGCUCCUGUAGCAUUAUGAUGGAGGUAUCAAAUGUCAUCAGGGAACAAUAACCAUCACCCUUUUUUUGGUGUGUUUUGCAGGCAUAACAUUAAAACUUGAAUAAAAUUUUGAUCCAUUUGCAUCCUUGCCAUCUGUUGCAGCAAACAACAGGAAACAGUUUCAAUGCCUAAUAAAAAAAAUAUAUUUAUAGUCUCAAAUAACAAGACUGGACCAUUAUUUCUGGAAUUCAUUCGAUUGAAGACAAGUUUUAGCUUUUUAAAAAGAUUUCAAGGGACAUGACUUAGCCCCUUUAAAUUCCCUCCUUUUCUUCAUGGUCUUCAAAGUCAUGGCAAAAAAACUAAUUUACAAUGUUUAUUUUGAUUUAAGUAGGGAGGUAUAACAAAACCUUAAUGUCUGAUCCCAUAGGAAUCAGUGCUAGAGGUUGUUUCUCCUUAACCCGUAAUGUUCCCUUCGGCAUUAUUAACACUCACUGUUUCUCUUGGGGCCAGACAUGAAGUGCAUUUGGACUAAUAACAUUUACUUAGAUUACUCCUCUCUUCUGUUUGCAGGUGUUACAUUUGAUAGGUAUGUUCAAUCUUGCAAUACUGGUACCCUGAAUUGACCAGCAUAACUCCCUUCAUAUGUUUACAUUUGUGUUGCUGGCUUUCAUUAGAAAAGGAUAAAUGAAGUUUCUUUUUGCUGAAGCACUGCAGUAAAUUUAUCCAAGUCACAUCUAAUCCAUUAUGGAAAUUCCCUUGUCAAAUUAGGAAUACAAUGAGUUGUUGAUUAAAAUAUGUAUAAAGAAAAUGAGAGAAUUUUUUGUGGAAAUUAUUUACAGCACACACGUUUUGAGAGGUCUUUAGUCGGCUUGAUGCCUCAGUUGGUUAGAGCAAUGCAUUGAUCCUGCAGGAUCACUGAAUUUUUUAGGGUUGCAAUCACAGCUGCCAAGUUGCCUAGUAUGGUCUCUCUUCUUUCUAAACACAUUGUAUUUGUUCAAAAACUGAUAUUUAAUUUUUUUAAAAUAAUUAUUAUUGUUUGUAUUUUCCAGUGGUGGUAUUAGCAUCAAACCUGCAGCUGGUAUGGGAUUAAUGAAAGCAGAUAUGGGUGGAGCUGCAACAGUUAGUGCUGCAUUUGAAGCCAUAGCAAGACUUAAGCUGCCUAUCAAUGUCACUGCACUUACUCCACUCUGUGAAAAUAUGCCAUCAGGAAGUGCUAAUAAGCCUGGUGAUGUUGUGACUGCCAUGAAUGGAAAAACAAUUGAGGUUAGUUGUAAAGUGGAUAAUUAAAAAAUAAAUUAAUACAAUUCAGCACUUUCACAAAGUGUUUUUUUAUCUCACAUUUUGGAUCAAAUUAAGAUUGGGAAAUAAUGAUGUUUUUCUUGGAGGUAUUGUCUGCGGGAUUCAAAUCUGGGCCACGUUGGUGCAGGGUGGAGAGGGAACAAGCUAGCAAGAAAGAGUAGUUUACAUUUUGAGCUUGUUCCAAUUUUUUCGUCAAUAUUCUCAAAAGAGUGGAAAGUUCUUAUGAGAAAAAUAAUUUGUUGUGCAUAAUUUUUGGCCAAAAAAUCUACUAGGCCAUUUACAACUUCCUGAUGUAUCAAGUUUCAAACUAAAUGCUUAUGAGGUGCACAAUCCUUGUGAUAGCAGUUACUGUCAGUGUUGUCAUCAAAGGAAGAUUACCAUAAUACCUGUAAUUAAAAUGAUCUGAUGGCAAACUUAACCAUUGUAUUGUUUUCCCUUCCUCUUGAUUCUUUUCUUUGUCCCCUAUAUCCAUUUGUACAUUGGUAGAUCUUAACCCUUUAAUCCCCAAUAUCCACAUACAAAUUCUCCAUACUGAUAUUCAUGUAUUUCCUUUAAGAUAAGUUAAGAGAGUUUAAUAAAAUAUCAAAGCAUUUUUUCUUUGGUGAUCAUUGGUUUAAUUCUCAUAACCAUUUCCCUUGACAACGUAUGGAUAUUUUUAGGAGAAAAUUGAUGUUGGUGACUGUUGGAACUUAAAGGGUUAAUUAAUUUUUUAGAUUGACAACACAGAUGCCGAGGGGAGGCUGAUUCUAGCUGAUGCUCUCUGUUAUGCCAGUAACAUGAAACCCCUUGCUAUUAUUGAUGUUGCUACCCUCACAGGUAACUGUCAGCUCUCUAAGAAAGAUUUCUUAAUCAGUUUAUUUGUCUCAGUUUUAUAAUGAUUGUAAUCAACAGACUGCUACCUAAUUUUGUUGUUGGGAUGAAACUCAAGGAUUGCAACCUUCAGUUGAUCUUAUGCAAGCUUUCUGCCCCAUUUUCAUGUUAAAACCAUGUGACAGCUUCUCCAAUGCCACAAAGCCAUGUGAUAGUCCACACACAUUCUGUUUUGCCUCAGAACCAUGUCAUGUCACUACUUUUUAAAUAUACAGCUGAAAAUUUACUGCUUACCUAAUUUUUAUAUGCUCUUUAAGUUCGUGCUAAAAUAAUGUAUUCCAAAAAGAAAGGUUUCCAUAUUUACAGUGCAAAAUGCCUAUUAUUAAUCUCUGGUGAUCAUGUCCUUGAUUCUACUUUUUAUGACGUUGAUGUUUAAUAUUUGACCACCUUAGGAGCAAUGGAUAUUGCGUUGGGACAAGCAGCAACAGGAGUGUUUACCAAUUCACUUACUUUGUGGCAUCACGUCUUCCAGGUAUUAUUAUGGUGUUUCAUGACGUAGUUGCGACUGUUUACAGUUGAGACAAGAGAUUGGAGAGAAAGGAGGAACAGAAACGAGUGGUUUGUUUUGUUCAAAGACUUCUUACUUUUUGUCUAGGCCGGGUUUCAUUGUGGAGAGAGAAUGUGGCGCAUGCCUUUAUACCAACACUACACUGAGCAGAUUGAAUCAGAUGUGGCCGAUCUGAGAAAUACUGGAAAGAAAAGGUAUGGACAGGUGAACCUAGAUGCAGUGCUUUUUUGCUUCAAUAAUUUGGUUUGUGUCCCUUUGAACUCUCUUAAUGUGUUUUUUUUGUGCGCACGGAAGGUGGAGUGGCCUAAUAAUAUGACAGUGGGUUUGCGCCCUGGCUGGGGUAACUUUGUUGUGUUUUUGGACAAGGCACUUUACUCUCAAUCCACCUCGGACCGGGUUGUUCAAAGCAGGGUUGAGAUAAAGACAACCCACGGGUAG